UUUAUGUGGGAGUGGAGUCAAAAUCUGAAGUUUGUUUUUUUCCCAGCAGAAAAAAAUUGGGGGUUACGAUAGAUGAGCAGUGGAUCCAUUAGUUAUUGUUAAUUGGGAGUAUUAACGUGGACGGCGAAUAAAUCAACGCCACAAGAAGCCAUGUUUUGCCCAUCAGGUUCAAUAAUGCGAUUGGUGAAGAGGUGACCAAAGGGAAGGAAAUGACCAAGGAAGCACAGGUCCGAGUCACAGCAAAGGCAACAGGUUGAACAGGUUCUGCGAGGCCCCGUCUUUGCAAAGCCAUCCCAUUUCACCAGCUAUGUUGCCAUAGCAAUUGUCUGCGCUCAGAAGCCACCAUAAUUCAGCUUCAUUCGGCUUCUAGGAACCGGCUUGUUGUCAAGUGUGCAACUUUGUGACAAGAAAAGCUCCAAACUUCCAUCCUCUUGAUGAGAGAUCUGUCCUGAAUCCCACUGACUCAGCACUGACUUGGCAAGAGGACGAGCGAGACGGUUCAGGUAGAGAUGCUGCCCGCUUUGGAUGUUUUGGGCUUCCUGUUGAUUCUAACUGGAGCUCAGGGAUUUGGAAUUCUGCCGGGAGAUUCACAGAAUCACCUGGAUAUCACAGAGGCUGCCAUUUUAAAUGCCACCGUGCAGGUGUGCCGCGUUCUGGCUGAGAACGAGGGCAACGACUUCACAUUCCCGAGCCAGCCAUUUACAGUCACAGGUGUGGCCACAGCUUGUAGGGCUGGAAACUCCAUCAGGAGCUUCCAGCUAUCUAUCUUGUCCAUCAUAUUCCGCAACGUGCGUGUGGACAUCCGCCAAGCGUUCAAUGCCAGCUUCCACUUUGAUGAUGAGUCGUUCAAUGGAGGUCGGAACAUCAUCCUCACGGGCUUAGCAAUAGUGAAGUUCAACAUCCAGCAGGAGGACUUUGAGGUGGCCACCGAGAACUUGGGCACGAUUCUUCAUCCUUUGCAGGACUUCUACAGCCACAGCAACUGGGUUGAGAACAACAACAGGUUUCCAAAUUCCAACCUAAUCAGAUCCGACACCAGCAUUGGCAACAUUGCUGCUCAAAGCCAGGCCACCUGUCGCAGUUGUGAUGGAGAUGACUGCAGCAACAACAUCCUAGAAGACAUCAUGGAGGGCAAUAUACUGACUUCGGGAUACUUUGCAGUCCUUCCAGGGUCAACCAAACCCAGUGGAAAGUGCAGCCACGGCGGAGCUUUGGACGUGACCAGCAGGAUCGACCCCACCGGUGGGAUCAACAAAGACACGCUUGGCUCGGAACACGGGUUUCUCCAUGAGGAUGCUGCAACUCUGGCAACGAUGGCGACCAGCGAGAUCCUGGAGAACAUUCGUCAGGCGGUGGGGGACAUCCUAUUCCUCCAAACGUUAGGAAUCUCCAGAGGAUCCGGGAAAGCUCUUUGCUUUGUGAUCGACACCACGCAGAGUAUGACUGACGACAUCGCAGCUGUGCAGAAUGCCACCUCUUCUCUCAUCAACUCUGUGGUGGGAACAGACGAUCAACCUUUGUCUUUCAUUCUGGUCACCUUCAACGAUCCCGAGUUUGGGCCGCUGAUGAGGACAUCUGACCCACAAGUCUUCCAGGGUUACAUUGAUGAUCUGUCAGCCAGCGGUGGAGGCGAUGAAGCAGAGCUGAGUCUCUCCGGCCUUCAGCUGGCAUUGAUGGGUGCUCCUCGGAGCUCGGACAUCUUCCUCUUCACGGAUGCACCCGCAAAAGACGUGGAGCUGAAGAACACAGUCAUCGCUCUCAUCGAGCGUACACAAAGUGUGGUCAACUUCCUGAUCACAGGAACGACGACGGUGAACAGGCGGCGCAGUAUCAACCGGCAGCACCACAACAGGAUCGCUCAAUCAGACGCGCAAGUGUACCAAGACCUGGCCCAGGCCGCGGGGGGUGUGUUUGUGGAAGUGGAGAGCGACGAGCUCUUAGCCGCCACUACCAUCAUCAGGCAGAUUGCCAACUCCUCUGUGGUGACGCUCCUGCAGGCUACCAGGGACCCAGGAAUGACGGUCACAUUCUCCUUUCUGGUUGACGAAACCACAACGAACGUCAUAGUUUACAUCACAGCAGAUUCUGUUUCGUUCAGAGCCCCUGACGGUUCGACAAACACCGACAUGAACCCGCUUUUCACAUCGACAACGGUGGGAAACUUGCAGAUUUUCGAGCUGAAGAACCUAGUGGGAGAAUGGACAGUGGACCUAAGCUCGUUAGAGCGGUACUCGCUGAGGGUCACAGGUCAGAGUCCCAUUGACUUCCUGGUUGACUUUGUGGAGUUUUUGCCCCUACUGAACGCAUCUGAUGUUCUUGACACCCGUCCCACAAUUGGCACCAAUGGUAGCCUGCUGGUGACGCUAACGGGUAGCGACACCGCCAGCGUCACUGAGGUCAUGCUGGUGGAGGUGGGGGGUACGGGAGUGGUCGAAGGCACUGUGGUACCGCAGGGGAGCGGUCAGUUCCUCGUUCAUGUCGACGAAUUUCCAUCCGUGCCAUUUGUUGUGCGCAUUACCGGAAGCGAUGUCAACGCUACCACUGGGACAACCUUCAACUUCCGAAGGCAGUUGCCAACCAACUUUCAAGCGUCCAGUGUGACCAUCGAGGCCGAGGUUGACAGAAACCUGGUGCCCGGGACCAACCUCGCCGUGAAUUUUUCCGCCACCACAACGGGAGCCGGAGGUAAUUUCUCCGUCAGGGUCACAACCAACGACCAGCGCUUUACCACCAGCGCUCCCAGCACUAUACUGCUGCAACAAGGAGAAACAACCAACGACACCGUCAUCGUCUCUGCCCCGCUCAACACGCCUUCGGGUACUACCAUCACCCUCACCAUUGAGAUCGAGGGUACCGGAAGUCAGGAAACCAACUACAUUGUCCUGAGGAUCACCGUCUUCAACACUGUGAUGGACUUUAGCCCUCCCGUGUGUGAAGUCCUUUCCAUCGUCAACUGCAUUCACAACUGCAGCAACAUCACAUGGGAGGUGUCCCUGCGUGUGAGUGACGGCACGGACGGCACGGGCGUGGAUCAGGUCACGCUCACACAAGGCAACGGAACACUGGACAUGGGUCCGUCGGACAGCAAUGAGAACAUCACGCUGGUGACCUACAACGCGACCUGCAAUGCCCCCGACCUGGCGCUGCUGGUGGUGGACCGCGUGGGCAACACGGACACGUGCACCGUCAACGCCUUCCAGACCACAGCGGGCGUGGCCUCUUUGUUCAAUAAGGUGCACCUCGCAUGUGUGCUCAGCCUGGCGCUCGGCCUCCUACAGAGCCUGUAGUGAGCUCAAGGAAUCGUCGCUGUGGCAACCAAUGCUUAAUCGUCUUUGGGGUUUGUCUGCCCCUAGAGGCCAACAUCGGUGCUGCAGCUUGAAAUCAUCUUGCUUGGAUUGACAUGAUUUUUUAUGGGAAAAAUAGAUUUGUCUUUGUCUGAUCACUGAAGCCAAACUCUCUAAAGAACACGUUGACAGCAAAUGUUUUACACAAAUGAAAGGUUAAUAUUUAAUAAAAAACACUUUUAUUUUA